GUCUGUCAGGAGGCAGCAGCAGCAGUAGCAGCAGCCGCCAGCCUACCUCGCUCUCCGCUGCAGGAGAAACAGAGCCAGACGGAGAGAGGGAGCCUGUCUGCAAAGUGCUGCUCCCUGGUGCUCAGAGCCUGCUCCGUCUCCAACUCUCAUUCAUUUUGCCGGCUAACAUGAGAGAUCAUGGCCGCCUUCGGGCUUCUCAGCUAUGAGCAGAGACCGCUCAAACGUCCCCGGCUGGGGCCGCCCGACGUCUACCCCCAGGACCCCAAGCAGAAGGAGGAUGAACUUACUGCAGUGAAUGUAAAGCAGGGUUUCAAUAAUCAACCAGCCUUCUCUGGAGAUGAGCAUGGAUCUGCUAGAAAUAUUGUCAUUAAUGCCUCAAAGAUUGGCGCUUAUUUUAGCAGCAUAUUAGCAGAAAAGCUAAAACUUAAUACUUUCCAGGACACAGGAAAGAAGAAACCACAAGUAAAUGCCAAAGAUAAUUAUUGGCUGGUUACUGCUCGCUCUCAGAGUGCAAUUCACAACUGGUUCACAGAUUUAGCAGGAAAUAAACCACUGACUAUUUUAGCAAAAAAGGUUCCUAUUCUCAGUAAAAAGGAGGAUGUCUUUGCUUAUUUAGCAAAGUAUUCUGUGCCACUACUGCGAGCAGCAUGGCUGAUCAAGAUGACAUGUGCCUACUAUGCUGCUGUUUCUGAAGCUAAAAUUAAAAAACGUCAGGCUACUGAUCCAAAUAUUGAAUGGACUCAAAUCUCAACCAGAUACCUUCGAGAGCAGCUGGCAAAGGUUGCAGAAUUUUAUCGUGUGUCCUCAAACCAAGGCAAUGGCUCGAUUGCUAUGCCUCAAGAGGUGGAACAAGCCCUGAAGCAGUGGGAAUAUAAUGAAAAGUUGGCAUUUUAUCUGUUCCAGGAGGGAAUGCUUGAAAGACAUGAGUAUUUGACAUGGAUACUGGAUGUUCUGGAAAAAAUCAGACCUGCUGACGAUGAACUUCUUAAACUCUUGUUACCGCUAAUGUUGCAGUAUUCUGAAGAGUUUGUUCAGUCAGCCUACCUGUCCCGUCGCCUUGCUUAUUUCUGUGCCAGACGACUGUCUUUAUUGCUAAGUGAUACUCCUAACCUCGUAGCUGCACACUCACCUCACAUGAUUAUUGGAUCAAACAAUCCUCCUUUAACAGCUCCAAGUCCUACUGCAACAGGUCCUGUGGUGAGCCCGGUACAGCUAACCUGUUCAGAUUUCUUUUCCUGCCCACAACAUCGUCCUCUAGUUUAUGGACUGAGUUGUAUGCUGCAGACUGUAACUCUCUGUUGCCCAAGUGCCUUGGUGUGGAACUAUUCCACGAAUGAAAGUAAGAGCAUUAAUCCAGGUUCUCCUCUGGAUUUACUUCAAGUUGCUCCAUCUAGUUUACCUAUGCCAGGUGGAAAUUCAGCAUUUAAUCAGCAGGUUCGGGCAAAGAUUUAUGAAGUAGAACAGCAGAUAAAACAACGAGGUUGUGCUGUGGAGGUGCGGUGGUCUUUUGACAAGUGCCAAGAAUCAACGGCAGGGGUCACCAUCAGCCGAGUUUUGCAUACACUGGAAGUCUUGGAUAGACACUGUUUUGACAGAUCAGAUUCCAGCAAUUCAAUGGAGACUCUUUAUCACAAGAUUUUCUGGGCAAACCAGAACAAAGAUAACCAAGAGGUUGCCCCUAAUGAUGAAGCUGUGGUAACACUGCUUUGUGAAUGGGCUGUGAGCUGUAAAAGGUCUGGCAAACACAGGGCGAUGGCUGUGGCAAAACUCCUGGAGAAGAGGCAAGCAGAAAUUGAGGCAGAAAGAUGUGGUGAGUCAGACGUGCUGGAUGAAAAAGAAUCUAUUUCUUCAGCUUCUCUUACUGGAUCCAGCCUUCCUGUCUUUCAGAAUGUCCUACUUCGGUUUUUAGAUACACAAGCUCCCUCAUUAUCUGACCCAAACAGUGAAUAUGAGAAGACAGAAUUUGUGAAUGUGGUGCUGCUGUUUUGUGAGUUUAUUCGACAUGAUGUUUUCUCCCAUGAUGCUUACAUGUGCACUUUAAUAUCGCGUGGAGACUUGUCAGUUACUGCAACCACUCGACUACGCUCACCUGCUGGAGAAACUGUGGAUGAACACUAUUCUAAGGACCAUGAUAUGAAACUGGAGGAACAUAGUAUUAUGGAACAUAUGGGCAUUGACUCAGGAACCACUAAUAUUUUUGAUGAUGUAGACAAGAGUGACUUUAAGACAGAUUUUGGUUCGGAGUUUCCAAUUUUUUCUCCAGUGCCUGGGGAGUCUUGUGAGAAUGUCAACUCUUUGUUACACAGAAGAAUUUCAAUUAACAGUGAGAAGUCAGUGAAGAGGGAAAAACUGAGAGAACUGAUUUUUCCAUCCAGUUAUGACCACCUUCGCCAUUUGCAAUAUGCAACACACUUCCCUAUACCUCUGGUAAGUUAA